CCAAGCUACGGUCACACUAAAAAACACGUAAUAAUCGCAGUACAAAGGAGGUUUUUAAAAAGUGUUACAAUUCGGAAAACAUCCAUAUAAAUAUCACAAAGGUUCAAUAACGUUGGAAAACGACUACCGAAAUGCUGCCGCAUCUAAGUGCCGACGAUGUUCUGCCCUCCGUGACGCGGAAGGUGUACAUUAAUCCCAAUUUCCAGAAUGGUCGCACAGCGUCUGCUUUGCUACAAGGCCAAGCUGCGCAUCAGCUGCCGCCGUUUCAGGCGCCCCCGCCACCACCGCAGUACCCAGCGCCCGCCAUCCACAUCAAUCCGCAGUUCCUGCAGCGUCAGCAGGCCAUGUACGAGCAAUUCCAACAGCGGCAACAACAACAGCAGGAGUUCAUGCAUCAACAGGUCUCUGCUGCGUACUACAAACAGAUGCCUCCCUUGCCAAUAAUUUCUGUGCCAGCCACACCACCACCCCCACAGGCCAAGAUCAUAAGCAAGGCAAGCACGUAUCUGGUGCGUAAGGCUCCAGUUCAGGUCGCUGCUUCCCCACCAAUACCUACUUCACCCGUGGUUGUUCCUUCUCGCACCCAGCCGCCCUUGAUCAGCAUUUCCAAGCGAAAGAUUGUGCGCCAAGGAGCUGUGACUACUCUGCCCACCUCUCAGCCACUCGCGCCGCCUGUCAAGAGCACAAAGUACAAGCUGGUGCGUUCCAUAUCACUAACAUGUGCUCAUUUAGUCAAGAAACGGCGGCCACUGCGGGAGUUUGUAGGUCAGUACGCCCUGAGACGAACUAACAAAGAUGCGGAGCCGAAGAAGAAACAGAGAUCCGAGCCACAGGUUCUAAAGCUGGGCGGUAACAAGUCCCUCAGCAUGGUCAGCAUACAUGGCGUGAUGUACAAGAAGUUAUCAAAGAACAAGAUAACGAAACUGGAUGCCAGAACUGCGACUCCCCGGACCCUCAAGCCAUUGUUAUCUGGUCGGGCGCUGUUCGUCAGUGGGAACAAGUUCAUCCUGGAUCCAUCAGGAUGUCGUCUAACGAGAGUUUUAUCAUCAUCAGCUUCACGACUACCAACAGCUGCUGCUGCAGCUCCUGCACCACAGAUGAGUGUAAAUCGCGCCAUAAAGCGGCGCAUCGAUAUUGGUGGCCUCACUUAUGUGGCCUCGUCCAAGACCCAAAACGUCUUCAUUCGCACCACGAAUCACGUGUCGCGGGCCCACCUAAUCACCGCCAGGCACAGGAGUUUAACGCUGUUGAACAAGUCGCGGGUGAAGACCAAUGUACCUUGUGCCAUCUACCAGAAGCUGGGCAAGUGUGCUGCCCAUAGUCGCGGCAAGUGUCGCAAGCUGCACGAUAAGCGUCAGGUCGCCAUCUGCACCAGCUUCCUGCGCGGUGAUUGCUCCAAUCCGGACUGCCUCCUCUCGCACAACGUCUCGAUGGAGAAGAUGCCCGUUUGCCGUUAUUUUCUCCGCGGAGUCUGCGUCCGCGAGGAUUGUCCGUACCUGCACAAGAAACUCAGCCGCAAGGCCGAGAUCUGCAUUGAUUUUGUGCGUGGCUAUUGCCCACUGGCUGCCGAGUGCAAUAAGCGUCACGAAUUUGCAUGUCCGGAGCUGGAGCGUCAGGGGAAGUGUGAGUUGUCCAAGUGUGUGUUCUGCAAGAAAGCGCCGUCUAAGCGUUUCAUCAAGCUACGGCCCAAGACAGUUAUCUUUAAAGUUGCAAAAAUCGAUAAGACUAAGAAAAAGCCGGAAGCUAAAGCUGCGGAAAUUCGCAGUAGGUACUUUAGAUGCGAUGGUGACCAGGCAAAAACUCCUAAAGAUAAUACAGAAGUAACAGAGCCUCAGGAGGAAGAAGAGGAGGAGGCUAAAGACCCGUCAGAAACUGAAGAAAUUGGCAGAGUGCUCAAGCGGCCAGCAAUUGGAACGCUUCCCGCUUUUAUCCCGCUGGGCGACGGCAGCGAAGAGGAGUAAUAGUGAAAUUGUGCGGCGGCUUGGACCCAACGUUUCAGGUACAAAUAAUUUGGUUAAGUAUCGUUCUAGCGUAGCGUUUAUUUUAAGCUCUAAUUUUACUAGCAUAAUUUCAAUACAAAAU